GCCCCGCCCCGCCCGGCUCGGCCGCCAGAGGACCCGGAGCUGAGGCGCCCCGGCCUGCGGCGGCGGCGGCGGCGGGGACGAUGUGGUUCUUUGCCCGGGACCCGGUCCGGGACUUCCCGUUCGAGCUCAGCCCGGACCCCCCCGAGGGCGGCCCGCCUGGGCCCUGGGUCCUGCACCGCGGCCGCAAGAAGGCCACAGGCAGCCCGGUGUCCAUCUUCGUGUACGACGUGAAGCCCGGUGCCGAAGAGCAGACCCAGGUGGCCAAAGCUGCCUUCAAGCGCCUCAAAACUCUCCGGCACCCCAACAUUCUGGCCUACAUCGAUGGGCUGGAGACAGACAAGUGCCUCCAUGUAGUGACAGAGGCAGUGACCCCACUGGGAAUGUACCUCAAGGAGCGAGCGGAGGCCGGUGGCCUGAAGGAUCUGGAGCUCUCCUGGGGGCUACACCAGAUCGUGAAAGCCCUCAGCUUCCUGGUCAAUGACUGCAGCCUCAUUCACAACAACGUCUGCAUGGCCGCUGUGUUCGUGGACCGGGCCGGCGAGUGGAAGCUGGGGGGCCUGGACUACAUGUACUCUGCCCAGGGCAAUGGCGGGGGACCCCCCCGGAAGGGGGUCCCUGAACUUGAGCAGUAUGACCCCCCGGAGCUGGCUGAUGGCAGUGGCAGAGCGGUCAGAGAGAAAUGGUCAGCCGACAUGUGGCGCUUGGGCUGCCUCAUCUGGGAAGUCUUCAACGGGCCCCUACCUCGGGCAGCCGCCCUGCGCAACCCCGGAAAGAUCCCCAAAUCGCUGGUGCCCCAUUACUGCGAGCUAGUUGGAGCCAACCCCAAAGUGCGUCCCAACCCAGCCCGCUUCCUGCAGAACUGCCGGGCGCCCGGUGGCUUCAUGAACAACCGCUUUGUGGAGACCAACCUCUUUUUGGAGGAGAUUCAGAUCAAAGAGCCGGCUGAGAAGCAAAAGUUCUUCCAAGAGCUGAGCAAGAGCCUGGACUCUUUCCCCGAGGAUUUCUGCCGGCACAAGGUGCUGCCCCAGCUGCUGACCGCCUUCGAGUUUGGCAAUGCAGGAGCCGUUGUCCUCACACCCCUGUUCAAGGUGGGCAAGUUCCUCAACGCUGAGGAGUAUCAGCAGAAGAUCAUCCCUGUUGUGGUCAAGAUGUUCUCAUCCACUGACCGGGCCAUGCGUAUCCGCCUCCUACAGCAGAUGGAACAGUUUAUCCAAUACCUCGAUGAGCCAACAGUCAACACCCAGAUCUUUCCCCACGUUGUGCACGGUUUCCUGGACACCAACCCUGCCAUCCGGGAGCAGACAGUCAAGUCCAUGCUGCUCCUGGCCCCAAAGCUGAACGAGGCCAACCUCAAUGUGGAGCUGAUGAAGCACUUCGCGCGGCUGCAGGCCAAGGAUGAGCAGGGCCCCAUCCGCUGCAAUACCACCGUCUGCCUGGGCAAAAUCGGUUCCUACCUCAGUGCCAGUACCCGACACAGGGUCCUCACCUCUGCCUUCAGCCGGGCCACCAAAGACCCAUUUGCACCUUCGCGGGUGGCGGGUGUCCUGGGCUUUGCUGCCACCCACAACCUCUACUCGAUGAAUGACUGUGCCCACAAGAUCCUGCCUGUGCUCUGUGGCCUCACCGUGGAUCCUGAGAAAUCCGUGCGAGACCAGGCCUUCAAGGCCAUUCGAAGCUUCCUGUCCAAACUGGAGUCUGUGUCAGAGGACCCAACCCAGCUAGCGGAAGUAGAGAAGGAUGUCCAUGCCGCCUCCAGCCCUGGAAUGGGAGGAGCCGCAGCCAGCUGGGCAGGCUGGGCUGUCACAGGGGUCUCCUCGCUCACGUCCAAGCUGAUCCGUGCACACCCAGCAGCUGCCCCGGCUGAGACCAACGUCCCCCAGAGACCCACGCCCGAGGGACUUCCUGCCCCGGCCCCCGCCGUCGUCCCUGCCACAUCCACAACCUCAGGCCACUGGGAGACGCAAGAGGAGGGCACGGACACAGCGGAGGACAGCAGUGUUGCCGACAGAUGGGAUGAUGAAGACUGGGGCAGCCUGGAGCAGGAGGCCGAAUCGGUGUUGGCCCAGCAGGAGGACUGGAGUACUGGCCGAGCUAGCCGUGCCGGGCAGGUAAGCAGGGUGGGACACAACCUGGACCCAAAAUCCGAGUCAGACUGGAGCAGCUGGGAAGCCGAGGGCUCGUGGGAGCAGGGCUGGCAGGAGCCAAGUCCCCCGGAGCCACCGCCUGAGGGCACACGGCUGGCCAGCGAGUAUAACUGGGGUGGCUCGGAGCCCAGUGACAAAGGUGAUCCCUUUGCUGCUGUGUCGUCACGCCGGGAGACCAGCGCUCAGCCGAGACCUGAUUCAUGGGGCGAUGACAACUGGGAGGGUCUGGAGACCGAGAGCCGGCAAGGGAAGGCCGAGCUGGCCCGGAAGAAGCGCGAGGAGCGUCGGCGGGAGAUGGAAGCCAAACGCGCUGAAAAGAAGGCAGCCAAGGGCCCCAUGAAGCUGGGAACUCGGAAGCUGGACUGAACUUGCCAUAUGGGCGCUCGCAGCCGCGGAGAGCAGGCCCCGCGGAUGUAUUUAUUGUACAAACCAUGCCAGCCCGGCCAGCCCGGCCAGGCACAUCUCACGUGUACAUAAUCAGAGCCACAAUAAAUUCUAUUUCACA